UUGUUUUUUCUCCUCUCGAGUACAGUCAUUAACCAAUAAAUACUGUUGGAUGGUAAAGGCCAGAGAGAAAAGAGGCGGGAGCUCGUGGGGUAGUCCAAAACCCUAGUUUCAAUCUUCUCAAAUCCUUUCUCCUGAAACCUUUCUCACAUUCUCUCUCCGCUUCUCGCUCUUUCUCUCGUCUUUUCUUGUCCAAUUUUCUCUUGAAAACUUCCCCUGCGAUUGGAUCUGAGUGUUUAUUUCGAAGUCAGAAUCUUUUGCGUUUGUGGGUUAGGAUUGGUUAAAGCUAAGGUCUUUUCUUUUUUUUUUUUAUCGAAGUUUGGCCGUCAAUCUUGGCUUAUCUUUCUUUCAGUGUGGAAUUUUGAAGUGGGUAGGGAUUAGUUGGACGAUUUUCAAAUUUCUGAAGAAUCGAUUUAAAAAUCGAGUCUUUGUGAGGCACCGGUAAUAGUUUGAGCUGCCAAUGCAAUUUGUGUUCAUAUUGGAGGAAUUUUCGGUGAUUUUUCGUGCACCGAAAGGAUUUGCUAUCAAUGUCUUGGGCUGGACCGGAGGAUAUCUAUCUAUCUACUUCUCUUGCAAGCUAUCUUGAUAAGAAGCUUCUUGUUUUGCUGAGAGAUGGUAGAAAACUGUUGGGAAUACUUCGUUCAUUUGAUCAAUUUGCUAAUGCCGUUCUCGAAAGUGCGUGUGAGCGAGUUAUUGUUGGUGAUCUAUAUUCUGACAUUCCGUUGGGUUUGUACAUAAUCCGUGGGGAGAACGUCGUUUUAAUCGGCGAGCUGGAUUUGGAGAAGGAUGAACUUCCCCCUCAUAUGACUCGUGUUACAGAAGAAGAGAUAAAAAGCGCACAAAAGGUAGAAAGGGAGGCCUCAGAUCUGAAAGGUUCCAUGAGAAAGAGGAUGGAGUUCCUUGAUAUGGACUAGUGUCCGUGUGUACGACAUCCAGUCCUUCAUUUUGCAUUGAGCCCUCGCCAUAUUAUCCGCAAAUAUUAUCGCGGUUGGUGGUUGUUGGGUAUUUGAAAAUAGGCUGGAUACCUAUUUUGGGUAAAACUUUUCCAAGAAGAUCACGUGUUGAGAAGAUGAUGUUUUUUCUGUUAGUUGUUUUAAUAGUGGUAGCUUCUCCUCACCUUCAGUGGCAUUUCAAAGGAAGCAGUGUAGAGACUGGAGGCUGGAGAUCUUUGGGUCAUUUAGCACACCUGAUAAGAGAGCUGGGAGACCUGUUUCUUUUGUUCUGGAGAGACUUUGAUCUCCAAUUAUGGCAGAUUUGUAGAAACUGGUGAGGUGGGCUUUUGGCAAUUUUUAGCCCAUUUGAAAUAUUGUGUACUGUGUAGUUUCUUGUUUAUUUUUACAUUGUCAUUAGCAUGUUGGGAGGAUGUGCUCUGGUGUUUAUUUUAGCUGCUGCCAGGGCUACCAAGAACUCAAGAUUGACCAACCUUAUUUCUUUCAAAACAGUAUUCAAAUCUCCGACCUAUUAAUCAGUA